CAGAAAAUAUUCCCCCAUUAGAGACAGAGAGAGAGAGAGAGAGAGAGAAAGAAAGAGAGAAAGAGAGAAAGAGAGAAGCUAAGUCUAUUGAGCCGUAUCGAGGUUAUAUGUGAUAAAUAUUUACAGAAACGAGGACUCGGAGUGUUUGUUGAUCAGGUCGCGUCGAUUAAAGCUACUCUGAUCCAGAGGAGGAGGUUUUUAAUCUCCGCUUUUUGUCUUUGUAAAUCGGUUCAAACAGGAGGGGGAUGAGGCUGCAGUCGGACUCGAGAUCAUCUCUGGAUUUUAUGUCGCUUUUAUCUGAACAAAGCUGCGGUUUUUUAAUGAGUUUUCCUAUAAAAGUGCAUGCAGAGAGUAGAGAAUGUCCGCUUCGACCGUUAAAUUGUGAAGCCCAGUAAACUGCUUUCCAAUCAAAGAGGCGACAUUGUAACCGUUUAACUGCUGCAGUUUACAUUGUAGCCUUACGGAUCAAACCGAGCGACUUCCAGAUAACAUUCAAUCGACUUUAUUAGCCUGUUUUUACUCCAUUUCAAAGAACUUGGUCGAAAAGAAAUUCAAGCUAUGAAGCUGUUGGAGAACUCGAGCUUUGAGGCGCUCAGCUCUCGCCUGUGUGUGGAAACCGGAGACUCGCACAUCCUUGGCAGGAUCGAGAGCUACUCGUGCAAGAUGGCUGGUGAUGACAAGCACAUGUUUAAGCAGUUCUGCCAGGAGGGGGAGCCACAUGUGCUGGAGGCUCUUUCACCUCCACAGACCAGCAGCGCCCCGAGUCCUAACCUGUUGGGAAAGAGUGGUGAUGAAGUGGAGAACCCUCUGAGCGAUAAGUGUUGCAGGAAGACUCUGUUCUACCUCAUCACCACACUGAACGAAUCGUUCCGUCCCGAUUACGACUUCACCGCCGCCCGAGCCCACGAGUUCAGCCGCGAGCCGAGCUUCAACUGGGUGGCCAAUGCUGUGAACAGCAGCCUCUACUCGUCUGUAGGAGAGGAGUUUAACACACUCGGUCCUGAGCUGUGGAACGCCAUCGACCAGGAGAUCAACCUGCAGAGCUGUGACAUUUACAGCUAUAACCCGGAUCUAGAUUCUGACCCUUUCGGUGAGGAGGGCAAUCUCUGGUCCUUCAACUACUUCUUCUACAACAAGAAACUCAAACGCAUCGUUUUCUUCACCUGUCGCUCUGUCAGCGUCCUCAGUAGCUACGGUCGCUGUUGCCUUGACAAUGAGCUGGACAUGGAGCUGGAUGACGACGAAGAAGAAGUGGAUGGCUUCAAUGAGGACAGGUUCCCCCGAGCUCUGUGUGUGUAAAUCCAGCUGGAUUAUCGGCUAACAAGAUGUCACCUUUUCUCUUCUCAUUUCUGGAAUCUUUCCUGGAGCUUGACAAACUGAUGGAUUGCAUUUAAUCUGGGCUCUAUAGCCGUUUAAAGAUCAGAUAUUACAAAAUAGAGUAAUUGUAGUCAGAUUUUCUGUAUGUAUGUAUGUGUGUGUGUGUGUGUGUGGAAGGCUCUUUGGACAGUGAGGCCCCCUUGUGGACGUUCUGUAAAUGUCGAGGAGGUUUAAUACAAUAUGGCUGUUCGGCCAAAACUCCACAUGAGCCUGAAACUCUAUACUCUUCUCUUCAUAUCUGACUUUUAAAUUUUCCCCAGGAAAUGAUGUCAGUACAUUUAACUUGUCCUACAUACACCAGCAAUUAAGAUGGGAGGGGCUAGUCAUAGUUGCCUAAUGACCUCUGUCCAGUCACAUGUGAAUAAUAAAGCCUGUGAUUUUGUGUAUUUUCAGUUCAGCAUUUUAACUGAUUUUUCGGAUCUGUCUGUCUUUAUAUUUUUGUGUUCACGUUGUGUUUUUAUAUUUUAACUGUGGUUUUGUUUUGUUUUUUUAAUUCAAAGAUUUUACCAAAAUGGCUUUUAUCGCACUGAAAGAAAUGUGCCCGGUAUGUGAAUGUUUUAAAUGGAGGCCCACAGGAGUUUGGACUGUCUCUUCGAAAUCAAGGGCAUCCUUUAUAAAAACUUUUGUACAUAAUCAGAUUUGAUUCUGACUUUCAUGGAUUGACUUUGCAUUAAAGGCGACAUUCAAGUUACUUAUGAAACCUGAAACUGAUUUCUGAAAUGUUAAGGAAAUGUUUCUUUUAUGUAAGCAAACUGAAAUAAACCUAGUGUGUAUGAA